GGCUGAACAUGUUGUUGACAGCACAGUCGCUCUCAGGUACCUGGUCGCCCCGCAUUGUCCCUCUGGCGCGCUCCAGGAGAAGAGCAUGUUUGCAGAUCGACAGCGGCUGCAGUUGCGAGCUGUACUGAGCAUCUGUGCCUUUAAAGACUUGUAAGUGCGCGUCUUGCAGAGAGCCCGCUGCCAACUUGCCACAACUCUGACACGCUCGGCGAGUCGAGCAGAGCAACGUUAACCAGAAAGGCACUGGCUCACCCUUCACACCUAGACCCAUGGAAUAAUAACAAUGGAAUACCACUGGAUACUGCUCUCUGUCUUUAUGUACUUAAUCUUCCGUCCAGGCAACACCAAGCCUACAAUUACCCCCAUUGACCAGGAUCACCUAGUCAUUGAUCUCAACCAGCGUUUUGAACUGCUCUGUCGGGGUGAGAGGGAGAUUCAGUGGAUGCGAGAGGAUCGGCCGAAUGUAAAGCUGCGGGAGGAGAAAAAGACGAAUGGCAUGUCCACGCUGCAGAUCGCCAAAGCUCAUCCUGGACACAUGGGUCGCUACAUCUGCCUGGAGAAGAGCUCUGGGGAGCAAGCCUCCAUCUAUGUCUACAUCAGAGAUCUUGACAAUCCCUUCAGAAAAUCAAAGGUGUUCAACAUUCUGACUCGUGUGGGAGACAGUGCUACCAUCCCCUGCCUAGCAACUGAUCCAAGUUUGGACAACCUGCAUUUGGAAACAUGCUCCAGUAGAGCUCUAGCCUCUGGUCUCCAGUAUAUUACGAGCCUGGAACAAGGCAUCGUCAUCCACAACACGCAAAAGGCCUAUGAAGGUUGUUAUGUGUGCACAGCAAAGCUCAGGGAGAAGCACAUCAAGUCACAUGACUACCACCUAACAGUGAGACCAGUCCCGCUUGAUCCUCCUGUGAUUGAGAUGCAGGCUCCCAAAAGAAUGAUUCUUACCCAGGAUGAGAGUCUGACCCUAACCUGCAACACCACCAAUGUCAAUGGAGAGAUCAAGUUGCAGUGGGUGACCCCGCCUGGUUCGGGUGCCGUCUGGUAUCCACAGCAACCAGCAAAGGUUGACGGUGCUUCACGUAUCCAGAUGGAGCACUUCACCCAUGUGCGCAGCUCCACCUUGCACAUAGCAGCGGUCAGACCACGGGAUGCUGGGAGGUACCGGUGCGAAGCUGAGAACGAAAAAGGGAUCAGCACACAGUCAGUGUGGCUUGACGUUUAUGAAAAAGGAUUCAUCACCUUAACACCCACAAACAACAGAACCAUCCGUGUUCGCUCCGGCGAGAGUUUAUCUUUAAAAGUGGAAAUGGAGGCUCAUCCAAGACCGCACACCUUUUCCUGGAGCUUCAUGGGCUAUGAGCUGUGGAACACAACUGACCAUGUCAUCACCACACACAGCCAUGAAUAUAGGUACAUCAGCGAGCUGAGGCUGGUGCGACUGAAAAUGUCAGAAGGGGGGGUUUACACCUUUAGAGCCUCCAACAGUGACACAUCAGUAAAUCAGACAUUUACCCUCUUUGUGAUGAGUAAACCUGAGAUUGUAUCUCAUGAGGGCCCAGUGGAUGGACAAGUGCGUUGUGUGGCAGAGGGGUUUCCUGCGCCCCAGAUCACCUGGUACUACUGUGAGCAGCCAUACAUCAGGUGCUCACAACAAAGAAAUGCCACACAGGAGCGGCAAAAUGUCAUCACGGUGACUUUGUCCAGCCCCAUAUUUGGGAAGUCAGAGGUGGAGAGUCGGGUGAACAUCAGCAAAGGAAGGUUCAAUACUCUGGAAUGUGUAGCAACGGUGGACGGAGAGCAGGCCUACACACUCUUCUCCAUCAGUGAGAGAACUGUUCCCCAUGAUCUGUUCACUCCACUGCUAAUUGGCUCCAUAUCGGCAGCGAGCACCCUCUGCCUCAUCCUUGUCAUUCUGUUCUACAAGUACAUGCAGAAACCAAAAUUCCAGAUUCAGUGGAAAGUUAUUGAAGGCAUCCAUGGAAACAACUAUGUGUAUAUUGACCCCACCCAACUGCCGUAUGAUCAUCAGUGGGAGUUUCCUCGAAACAACUUGCGUUUUGGGAAGACAUUGGGAUCUGGUGCAUUUGGAAAAGUGGUGGAAGCCACUGCGUAUGGACUCUCCAAAACAGACUCAGUCAUGACAGUGGCUGUGAAAAUGCUCAAGUCAAGCGCUCAUGCCACAGAGAAAGAGGCACUGAUGUCCGAGCUGAAAGUCCUCAGUUACCUGGGACACCACAUGAAUAUUGUCAACCUGCUGGGAGCCUGUACUGUCGCAGGCCCUACACUUGUGAUAACAGAGUACUGCUGCUUUGGAGACCUUCUUAACUUUCUACGGAGAAAAAGAGAAUCCUUCUUUUGCUUUAAGCUGGAGGAGGACUGCUACUACCGCAACAUUGCACCGCAGAGAGACGCAGCUGGAGACAGCUUGAACGGCUACAUGACCAUGAGGCCUUCUGCUGCUGGCAGCCAUCCUUUCAGUUCUUCCCUCGAGAAGAGAUGCUCACUACACAAAGGUGGCUCUUAUGUGGAAGCAGGUGAAGAGAGUGAGAUGUUUGACGAGGAUGGCCUGUCUCUCGUCACCGAAGAUCUUCUGAGCUUCUCCUACCAAGUGGCCAAAGGCAUGGAGUUCUUAGCCUCCAAAAAUUGUAUCCACAGAGACCUGGCAGCCAGAAAUAUCCUCCUUACUCAAGGCAGAGUGGCAAAGAUCUGUGACUUUGGCUUGGCCCGGGACAUCACCACAGACGCCGACUAUGUCGUCAAAGGAAACGCACGUCUGCCAGUGAAAUGGAUGUCCCCAGAAAGUAUCUUUGAGUGUGUAUACACAUUUGAAAGUGACGUGUGGUCCUAUGGCAUCUUGCUUUGGGAAAUCUUCUCACUAGGAAAUAGUCCGUAUCCUGGUAUGCCUGUGGAUGCAAAGUUCUACAAACUGAUAAAAGAGGGAUACCGAAUGGAUGCGCCGGAAUUUGCACCCAGUGAAAUGUAUCAGAUUAUGAGGGACUGCUGGGAUGCUGACCCCUUCAACAGACCCCCCUUCAGGAAGGUGGUGGAGAGGAUUGAACAACAGCUGUCUGAUGCCACUAAGCAUAUUUAUCUGAAUUUCAGCCUCAGACUUCCUGUGACGCCGAGAGCCACAGAGGAGCCGAGUCCUCAGAGUGCAGCAUUUCAUCAUCUCAACUCAGCUGGCACAAACAGUGCUGUGACCCAGCCUUUACUGGUCCAGCAUGAGGUCUUCCUGGAGGGGACAUCCCUCACAGCCCAGCGGGUAUAAUGACCCACCUGACCUGUCAGGCUGCCUCAUAAAGUGCCUGAAAUGUUCCGCCACAUACGAUCCAACCACUACACCCACCCACUGCCCCGGCACCAGCAGCAACUGUCACAUGCUGCAGACAGAAUAGCAAUUGCCAUCUAUAAAAAGGAAGCACAAAAAUGAACCAAUAUGGCUUUGAUCACUACUGUCGCAAUGAAUGCCUACACAUUACCGAAAGGGCAGUUGGGUGAAUGCUCCCCUUCUCACAGCAAAGAACUGUCAUGGUACAAGGGAGGAACAUGAGCUGUUACUUACUUGUCAUUCAUUUCAUUAUAACGCUGUUAUUUGUCUGUUAUUUUUGUUGUUUUUUUUUCAGUUACAUUUUUCCUACACAUUUCAUAAAGUUUGCUUUGUGUUUUUAAAGCACUCGAUAUCAUUCUUUUUUUUCGUUGUUUUUACACUUUGUGUUUGUUGUUCUUUGUUGGUUGUCUGUCAUGAACAUUUAUGUAGCGUCGUCUUCGAUUGGCUGUCACAAAUGUUAGAGGAAAUAAAAGCACUUGAGGCACAUGAAUUUCACGUCAUUCCGUUUAGGUUAUGUGAUGCAGCUUUUUGUUUCUGUUUUCUUUUAGCUCCUCUCGUCAUCAUCAUCAGUAUUAUUUCCAACUGUUCAGGUCUAUGUUUAUAAGAAGGAGAUCAUUUUUGGGGGCCAAUUUAAAUUGCAAUAUUGAGACACUGGUAUAUAAGCUAUUAGAGAGCAUGGCCGGUCAUGCUUAGAGUCCAUAAGUGCUUCAAGUGUUUUGAGAGAUACAUUUUGGAUGUUACUACAAAAGA